UGUAAUAAAAUGAUCCGACUGCUGGCGCUUAUUGGGGACGACUGGGUGAGCGUUGUUAGACAACGUUCAAAGCCAGAAGAUCGGUUUUGUACUUGGCAGUGUGAAUCUUUCCGUGAUCCAUUGAUUCUUCUUGUUAUCUGACUUCUAAUUAUUACCUAUGGACCUAAGAAGAAGUCAGAGAAACUUGAUCAAACUAUUCCGAUUUGGAGUUUUUACAUAUAUCUCUCCAGGGUAAUGUAGCAUUCUUUUCUUCAUUAGUGUUGCUCUCCAUUUUGUAAUGAAUUUACUAAUUUUAAUAUAAGCUAUUUAUGAUGGGGGAUUGCAGGAUUUCAGUAAGCAUUAUAAAAUAGUAACGCAACGGAUAAAUUUGGUAUACUCAAAAGCGUUCGCUAACUUAAAAAAAAACACCCGAGUCUAUCUUGUGUUCCUUAACAGUGUGCUGUGAUUUCUUUUUUUCCUGGUUUUGCUUCUUCUUCGUGUGUUAUUUUAAUGUGCAUAUGUUAUUUACAUUGAAUGCUUUCAAUAACCCUGCUAACCUCCCCAUUUCUAUCAUUAAGCUUUAGUUUCUCUAGAUCAAUAUAAUUAUCAUGAAGAAAGGCGCAAAAAUUACUGAAAAUAUGCGUCUGAAAUCUAAAUCGAGAAGCGGAAAUAACGUUACAAAACAUCCGUCAAUUACAGUGAUUCCUUCCUUAUCCUUAAAGGUAUUAAACUGACGAUUUCUCUUUGCUUUCCUUAUUGCGUAAAAUUAUACAUUUGCCACAAUUCUAUGCACAAAUUAUCAAUCAAAUAAAGUAAAUCCGGUUUGGAAAAAGUGCUAUAGUUGGCCGUGAGUCCGAGGCCCUGACUGGCGUUUAUGAAUGUUUUUUUUUAUAUGAAGUUUCUGUAAUGCAAAGAUUGACCUUAUCGUUUUAAUAGAGUAUAUCUUUAUUGAAAUGUUUUGUCCAGUUCAAUUCAGCCUGAAGUGGUUUUGGUUAUUUUUUAAAUUAAAGCUGUCCGUUUUCUGUAAAUAAGCAUAUUACGAAAUUUAUUCUCCUGUUGUUUUAGAUGCGUGCGCGCUACAAUCUAAUGCUGUAAAAAUGCAAACACUAAAUAAGCAUAUUUGUAGGCUGUCGAAGAUAUAGUGCUUUUAAACAUAUAAAUCCCAAUUAAACUACGUACACACUGUGUUAUUGUUAAAAUUAAUGUCUUAUAAAAACCUAUAAUACCUUGCAUUUUCAUGUGUUGCAUUGUCACUCGUAUUCGUUUUUGAAGCAGCAUGAUUUAAUAUUUCAAGGACUGUUUACUGUCUACUAAUUCGUUGGUGUAAAUGUAAGAUUUACAUUUGGAUAUCCGCAUGACGCAAGCAACCAAUGAACUGACUUCUGCUCUCACCUAUGAAUUUCUCUAUAUCGGUCUUAAUGACUGAUAUUGAUAUAUGGUAAUUUCGUUACCGGAUCACAUGACACAAUUGCCUCAAGAAUCGAUCAAGAUGAAUUGCACGUCAGCCUACGUUUCCGAUUUUUCCCCCACGCGGAUCCUGUCCACAUGCCUGUAGUGCAGUAGAUGGACGAAGUUUAACACACCGACGCUGCAUAUAGCUGCUUUCAAACGCAAAAGAAGUCAUGACGGAGUAUGACGAUCGCAGCAACUGCGCGUCGAAUAUGUAUUUGCCGAAUUGUACGUAUUAUGUAUCAGCACCUGAUUUUUCAUCUGUCACAUCGUUUUUACCUCAGACGACUUCGUGUCAAGUAAAUUUUCCGUAUACUUCAAACAUUGCUCAGGUCCAGCCUGUCGGAGAAGUUGCUUUCAGAGAUUAUGGCAUGGAUCACAAAUGGCAUUAUCGGAGCAGUUAUGCAUCGUACUAUUCGACCGAAGACAUAAUGCACCGAGAUCUAAUUCAGUCAUCUAGCAGGACGGACAUGAUAUUUAAAAACGAUUCCAUGUAUGGCCAUCAUAAUGGCUCGAACGCGCCGUGCAGUUUUUAUACCAGUGUUGGCAGAAAUGGAGUUCUUCCUCAAGGAUUUGACCAGUUUUUUGACACUGCUAACAAUAAUGCCGAGAGAGCCAACUCCGAACCCUCAAAGGAAAAGACGGAAUCAAGUCUCCCAGGAGAUGCUGCGGCCAGUCAGUUGUCCUCAGAGACGUCGUCGCAGGAGAAACAACCAAACGAAAACAUAGAUGAAGAAUCGUCUUCCUCCAACUGCACAGAAGAGAAGAGCAACGGUGCGAGUUCUUCAAAGUCAAGAAAAAAGAGGUGCCCCUACACCAAAUACCAGAUACGAGAACUUGAACGAGAAUUCUUUUUCAACGUGUAUAUAAACAAAGAGAAGCGUUUGCAGUUGUCAAGGAUGUUAAACCUAACAGAUCGGCAAGUGAAAAUUUGGUUUCAAAACCGAAGAAUGAAAGAGAAAAAGCUAAACAGGGAUCGGCUUCAAUAUUUCACCGGGAAUCCAUUAUUCUGACAUUUUGAUUUUAGUUCGUGUCGAACAUUCCGUGGCCUCCAUGAUGGAAUGGCUUAAGGUUUUGGGACUUUUCGGGCACAGAAUCUUUUCUCCAUCACGCAGUUACACGGGGCACCAGAAGAAAUAAGGAUAAAUUGUUUUUUUUUUUUAACUAUGCAAUUCUUGUAUUAUUAUCAAAAGUAACGUUUACCUCGAAAAUCUAUGGAUUCUUAUUCACAUUAGGCUAUUUAAUGUUGUGUGUUUCCUAAUUAACGUGUAUCGUUCGAUAAAACAAGAACGACAAGGAAAUUUUGACAAUCUUCGUGUUCGCUCUUAUGUUAUUUAGAUUGUGAAUGCUACUUAAAUGUAAUUGAUGUAUACUUAUUAUGUUCUAUUUAUGUUUUAUUGCGUUCAUUAUAAUGGUUCAUAAACAACAUUGCAGUAAGCAACAAAAAUUUGAUUACAGUAAUCAAUAUGUAAUUUUAUAACACUCUAAUGUAUGCAUUUAUUUCUUAGACGCAUGUGAUGUACGAAACUAUCAAAUAAAACCAGAAUAUUGCAAA